UAGCCUUAUCAUCUCUCUGUAGAAGGGCUAGUGCUUUAAUUGGUGGGGUUUUUGUUGUGCUACCUCAUUAGUUCUCUUUCCUCUCCUACAAUGGCUUGUGAGUUUGAAGGGGGGCAUAACUCAUUUCGAGUCCUCAACAUGGUGCGAAAGCAAAGAACUGAGCCUCCUGCUGGUGGGGAGAGCUCAGGUCCUCGAGAGCCGAGUGGCAGCGGUGGACGAGGUUUCCCUGAGCGCACAGUUGGUCCUCCUGGUCCUCCUCGAGUAGGAGGUGGCAGAGGAGGAAUCAAUCCUCAGCAACCACAGCAAGGGGCUCACAGAAGAGCAUUCUAUCAGGGACGAGGCAGUGGAAUGCACCCUCACGGUGCAAUGGCUCCACAGCACUCAGGCAACCUAGUCGCUGAAUACCACAGCGGGGGCCAGCCGAGAGGCGGCAUGCCACCUCAGCAACAUCAUGGUGGCCGUAGAGGCGGUAUGAUCGCAGGUCAUUCUAGACCUCUGGCUCCCGAGCUGCACCAAGCAAUGCAAGCUCCUCCACCUCAGAGUACACCUCCAUCCUCGUCACAAGCAGUUCUGUCACGAGCACCGGAAAUAUCCGCUGCUCAGGCGGCUGAACAGUUCAAACAGCUCUCCGUUCAAGAUGAAGCUGCAAUCCAGCCCGUGGCUCCACCUGCUUUGCCGAGCAAGUCGAUGAAAUGUCCUUUGCGGCCCGGGACUGGUAGCUUUGGCGACAAAUGUCGGGUGAAGGCGAACCAUUUCCUUGCUAAAUUGCACGAUAAAGACCUUCACCACUACGAUGUUACCAUCACGCCAGAUGUCAAAUCUCGUGGUGUUUGUCGUGCUGUGAUGGAACAACUAGUCAACCUGUACAAGGAGUCCCAUUUGGGAGGACGCCUUCCAGCCUAUGAUGGGAACAAAAACCUCUAUACGGCCGGCCCACUGCCAUUCACCUCUAGCAAGUUUGAUAUCACUUUAGGCGAUGAGGAUGAUGGUUCGGGCUCUGAAAGGCGGCAGCGGAAUUUUAAGGUUCUUAUCAAGUUUGCUGCCCGUGUUGAUCUCUACCACCUCAAACUCUUUUUAGCUGGUAGGCAAGCAGAUGCCCCACAAGAGGCUUUACAAGUUCUUGAUAUUGUGCUCCGCGAGUUGCCCACUGCUAGAUAUGCACCUAUAUCGCGGUCAUUUUAUUCACCUGAUUUGGGGACAAGGGACCCACUUGGAGAAGGAUUAGAAAGCUGGCGUGGCUUUUACCAGAGCAUUCGCCCUACACAGAUGGGCUUGUCGCUUAACAUCGAUAUGUCAUCCACUGCAUUCAUCGAGGCACUACCUGUUAUCGAUUUUGUUGCCCAACUCUUGGACAGGGAUAUCCAAGCUAGGCCACUGUCUGAUGCUGAAUGUGUGAAGAUCAAGAAGGCUCUGAGAGGUGUAAAGGUUGAAGUUACUCACCGUGGGAAUAUGCGCAGGAAGUAUCGCAUAUCUGGUCUGACAUCACAGGCAACUCGAGAACUGAAAUUUCCAGUUGACGACAAAGGAACAAUAAAAUCAGUUGUGCAAUACUUUCAAGAGACAUAUGGUUUCACAAUCGAACACACCAAUUUGCCUUGCCUUCAGGUUGGCAGUCUGCAGAGGAUAAACUAUAUGCCUAUGGAGGUAUGCAAGAUAGUGGAAGGGCAGAGGUAUUCCAAGAGAUUGAAUGAGAGGCAAAUUAAUGCUCUAUUGAGGGUGACCUGCCAGCGGCCAUAUGAGCGGGAGCGUGACAUUCUUCAGACGGUUCAUCAUAACGACUACCAGAAUGACCCCUAUGCAAGGGAAUUUGGAAUUAAGAUUAGCGACAAACUUUCAUUGGUUGAAGCACGAGUUUUACCAGCUCCAAAACUUAAGUACCAUGAUACAGGUAAAGAGAAGUACUGCUCGCCAAGAACUGGCCAGUGGAACAUGAUGAAUAAGAAAAUGGUAAAUGGUGGGAAAGUGAACAACUGGAGGUGCAUCAAUUUCUCUCGCAAGGUCCAAGAAAGCAUGGUCCAAACAUUUUGUAGUGCACUUGCUCAAAUGUGCCAAAAUUCAGGAAUGGAGUUCUUCCGCACACCUGUUCUUCCACCAUAUAGUGCUCAAGCUGACCAAGUGAAACAGGCUCUGAGCGCAUGCUUUCGUGAAUCCAUGAGAAUUCUCCAACCUCAGCAAAGAGAGCUCGAUCUGCUUAUAGUGAUAUUGCCAGAGAACAAUGGUUCUCUUUAUGGUGAUCUGAAGCGGAUCUGCGAGACAGAUCUUGGAUUAGUCUCACAGUGUUGCUUGACUAAGCAUGUCUUUAGAAGGAAUACGCAAUAUCUUGCAAAUGUUGCUUUGAAGAUAAAUGUGAAGGUUGGAGGAAGGAACACAGUCCUAGUUGAUGCAUUGCUGAGGCGUAUACCCCUGGUCACUGAUACUGAUACGCCCACCAUAAUUUUUGGUGCUGAUGUAACACAUCCUCCUCCCGGAGAGGAUAAAAGCCCCUCCAUUGCAGCCGUUGUUGCCUCCCAAGAUUGGCCGGAGGUUACAAAGUAUGCUGGAUUAGUUUGUGCUCAAGCUCAUCGUCAAGAACUUAUAGAAGAUCUGUACAAGGAAUGGAAAGAUCCUCAGGGAAGAAAAACCUCAGGUGGCAUGAUCCAGGAACUCCUCCGUUCCUUUAAUACUGCUACUGGACGGCAGCCUGGGCGGAUUAUAUUCUAUAGAGAUGGAGUUAGUGAAGGGCAAUUUUACCAAGUUGUAUUUAGCGAGCUCAAAGCAAUUAAAGACGCGUGUAGCUCUCUGCAUCCAGAUUACAAUCCACUAUUGACAUUCAUUGUGGUUCAAAAACGCCACCACACAAGGUUAUUCGCACAUAACUAUAACGAUCGAAGUUCAGUUGAUAGGAGCGGGAACAUUCGACCCGGUACUGUGGUUGAUUCAACGAUUUGCCACCCAACUGAGUUCGAUUUUUACUUGUGUAGCCAUGCUGGAAUCAAGGGUACGAGCCGCCCUGCUCAUUACCAUGUCUUGUGGGAUGAAAACAAGUUCACUGCAGAUGAACUGCAGAGUCUUACUAACAAUCUCUGCUACACCUACGCGAGGUGCACUCAAUCUGUAUCCAUUGUACCGCCUGCAUAUUAUGCACACCUGGCUGCUUUUAGGGCUCGAUUUUAUAUGGAGCCUGAGCCAUCGGAUGGUGAAUCUACGACGGGUGGAACUGCUGGGCACGGCCAAUCUACUUCUCGGGCCGGUGCUUACCGCCCGGUUAAGCCGCUCCCCGCGUUGAAGGACAAUGUUAAAAGGGUCAUGUUUUAUUGUUGAGACUAUGGCUCCCCUGCUUAACUGGCUUCCAAGUUAUUGUUUUCCUCUUCUAUCUUAUGUUGUUAUGCGUGGCUUCUAAGUCAAAUGACAUUUUGGUUAAUUAUGUGCGACUAAUACAGUUGUGUGUUCUACUGAAUUUGGUGUGUAGGAACAGUUUCCCUUUUGAACUCAUGAAUCACUAUAAUAGCCUGGAUAUAUUGAUGUUGCUUCAAAA